AUUAGCGUUUGCAGCUGUCGGGUCUCUCUCUCUCUCUCUCUCUCUCUCUCUUUAAACUACUACUUGCAUUCCUUUUUUCCCAUUCUGGCUUUCUCUUUUAUUAACCAACCCAUCAAAUAAUAACAAUAGUCAACAACUUCUAUAACAUCAUAAACUAGGAUUCAUCUCAUUCUCUGUCCCUCUUCAAUGAUUCUUUUGUGGUAAAAAAGGGGGGACUGUGAAUAUGGAUAUAGAGACAAGCAUAGUAGAGCAACAAGAAAAGGGAAUGAUGUGGAAUUACAGAAGAUUAAGCUUUCUCCAUUCUUGUCAACUGUAAAUGUGAUCAUCCACACCAAAAGAGUUUGAUGCAAAAGGAAAGUUACCCAUUUCCCGUUUUGUUUGUUUAGAUGCCAUGGCUUAUCCACAUUACCGAUCACCUUUUGGUGACACAACGUUUACAAAAGUAUUUGUUGGGGGACUAGCUUGGGAAACACCAACGGCAGAAAUGCGAAGAUAUUUUGAGCAGUUUGGAGAGAUUCUUGAGGCUGUUAUUAUUACUGAUAAAAACACAGGCAAAUCUAAAGGAUAUGGCUUUGUUACUUUCCGUGACCCUGAAUCAGCUAGGAGGGCUUGUGUUGAUCCAAAUCCUGUAAUUGAUGGAAGAAGAGCGAACUGUAACAUUGCUUCACUUGGAAGGCCUAGACCUUCACCGCCACGAGGAAGAAAUCAAGGCAGCAGUCCUUAUCAGGGAGUUGCACAUCAAGGUGCGCCAUCUUAUAGUGGAGUUGCAGCAACAGUGCCUCCACCUCCGCCACCACCACCUCCUGUCAUUUAUCCACCUUAUGGGUACCCAAAUUACAGUCCUGAAUACGGGUAUCACCAAGCUUUCUAUAAUCCACAAAUUCAGCAGCCACAAUACUAUCAUCAACCGUAUGGAUCAUCAUCUACCACAAUGGGGUCUCCGUAUUACUAUGGCUAUUCUUUGCAAGCUCCCCGGGGAACAAUUUCUGCACCCCAGGCUCAACGUAUCCCCGGACCGUCCUAUCUCUACUAUCCAACUCAGAUAGAGGGGUCCUUCUCCACCUAUCCUCCCCCACCCUUUCAUCUCACUAGGCAUCCCUUUCCAUCUUCCACAGAUUCACUGACUCCGCAUCAUUCCUCCACAGAACCAGAAGCUGGGGCCAUCACUUCUGAAGAUCCAAAAACCUAAAGGGAAGAACUCAUCCCUGCCAAAAUGUUCAAAUUGUACAAUCUUGAUAAGUUUAUGUUCUUCCUAUCACCUUAUUUCACUCUUAUAUUCUCAACAAUUUACCGAUGGGUGGGUACUACAUCAAGUUAAUGCUACGGCCUAUGGCAGGAAAAGGACUAAUCAACCACUUUAUGCAGAAUUUUUUUUUCCUCUUUAAUUCUCAAGGAAAAAAAAUUCAUUCAGGUGAUUCAUUCAUUAAGAGUUUAACAUCCUUUACAGAAUUGUAUGAACUAUGAACUAAAGGAGGGAAGGGCAGUCCCUCAAUAAAAAAAAUUUUGAUCAACAAUUUAGCUCUCAACAUCAUUUUGUUUUCCUUUUGUCUAUGGCGUUUAAUCAAAAGCAAAGGUGCACCAUAUCCAAUGGCAUUAAUUAUGAUACUAGCAUGUAGAAACUCUAGACAUACAAUUGCUAUUGAUAAAUAAUUGGUUUGGAUCAAUUUCGAGGAUGUGCUGAAACCAGAAAGAGCCAAACUGAAACAAAUUCAGUUUGGUUCCCUCUGAAAUCACAAUUCGUUAUUAUGUUUAGUUAAUUAGCAAUAUUUUCAAGAUUUAAAAUUGAUUUUUGGCCACCUAAAGAGUGAGUUUGCUGGGGAUUUGAGAUUGAAAACCAUGGGAUCAAUUAUUGGAAAGCAAUACUGUAGCCUACUUACUUUUAUGGCUUCUUUGCAUGGUAUUAAUAACCAAGAAAAUGUAAGAAGAAGAUUUGCUGUAUAACA